AUGGAGAACAGAAGUGACGAAGUAGUGGCAACAGAAUCAUUCAAGGCGAAUAGUGCAAAUACCCUUAAUAAUUCCCCCUCAUCAUUACAACAACAAUUAAAUACGGCUUUAACUAGUUCAACUUUAUCUGCCAAUAUCUUAAGUAUGAGUAGUGGUAGUGGAAUACUAGAACUAAAGUCUCCCUUUCCUAGAAUUACUUUUUCUCCAAUAUCAAAGAUCAUGACUAAAUCAAAUUUUACAGUUAAGAAGAACAUAGAGGAGCUUGUGGAAACAGAAGAGUAUUAUAUCAAUUGUCUAAAAAUACUUAUCAACUAUUAUAUCGAACCAUAUUUAUUUAAUAAUAAUUCAGAAAUACCCGUCCCUUUAUCAUUAAUGAAUCUAUUUUUAAGAGAAUUAAUUCAAAUACAUACUCAAAUAUUAUAUGAUAUCAUCAAUGACUAUUCUCAAUUAAAUCAACAACAUCAGAUUGAAACGUUAGUGGAAAAGAUUGCUUAUGAUCUUACAAAACUGGAAUAUCUGAUAUAUAUUUAUCAGGAGUAUUGUAACGUUUAUGAAAAUGUUUUGCAAUUACUUGGUCAACCUCAUCCAUGUCUUGAAACUAAAAAUAAACCUAAGAAUAUGAGUAGAUUACCAUGGAACUUUAAAUGGUUAAAAGGAUGGGAAUUAUAUCUUGAAGCAAGUCAACCAAGAUCCAGACAUUUGGACUUAUCAUUUCCAUCAUUAAUUCAAAGACCAACUGCCAGAAUGGGGAAAUAUAAAUUGAUUUUAGAGGCAAUUAAUAAGAGUCAAUCAUUCAAAUUAGUGAAAUAUAUUAAUAUACUUAAUUAUAACUUAAAUUGGAUAAAUAAUAACUGCAAAAACUGCCAAAUAGAUUCACUGGUCACUUCAUUAAAUGAUGUUAUAGAUUUUCGGAAUGUAAUAACAGAGAAUAAUUUAAAUCUGGAGUAUUUUGGCAACCCAUUUUUAAUUGGUUGUACUAACUGUAUUUGGAUUGAAACCAAAUCAAUAAAACAAGGUAUCUUUGCUACUAUACUUUAUAAAAGUCAUUUAUUGUUAGUUGAAGCAGUUGAAAAUUCCAAACUCAAAUGUGAUAUUAAGUUCAUAAUUCCAUUAAGUAAGAGUCAAUUAAUAAAAAAUAUUAGAGAUAGUGAUGGUGGUCUUUAUUUUAAUCAUCCAUAUUGUAUUAAAAUAUUAUUUGAAGAUAAUUAUUGUCAAUAUGAAUUAUUAUUUGCAAUGAAUACUGAACAAGAAUUUUAUGUAUGGAAUAAUUAUCUUGAUACCCAUAUAAAUGUGAUAAAUGGUCCCUAUAGAAUGGAUUUUUCAAAUAUUGAAAUUACAAGCUUAUGUAAAUUUCCAAAUUUAAUUAUACCAUAUAAUGUAUCAUUGAAUUAUAUGUCAUCCAAAUCAUCAAAUUUAUGUUAUUUUAAUGAAUCCAAAGUUUUUGAACUUCCAAUGUAUCAAAAUAAAAAGAAUGAUAAUGAAUAUGGUUAUGUUAAUUUAAUGUCACACGAUGAUUUUAAUAAGAGGAAUUAUAUUGAGAAGACAUUCAAAUCAUUUUGGAGUACAAGAGAGAUUCCAUUAUUAACUAUUAGUGAAGAGGUGGUUGAAAAUGUAAUUAUAUUGACACAUUCACUUAAGAAGAGUUUUAGUCAAUCAUCUACAAGAUUUAAACAUUCAAUUAAACUGAAUUUUAAACUGUCAAGUAACUUAUAUGAAUUUUGGAAAUCAUCUACUCAAAAGAGGAUUAAAUAG